CUUUUGGCCAUACGACAAUAAAUUCGCACGGAACGGCCCAUUCGCCAUGGCCCGUCAAGAGCCCACCCACAGCCAUCCGGCGAGAGUCCACCAAUCCCCUCCGCCUCUGCCUGCCUGCCUCUGCGGAGCCUGAGCUUCUCCGGCUUCCCCUGCUACCCACGUCCCCGCCGCAGCCCCAUCCUCGCAUCUCUCCUGCCGCUGCCGGAUUCGCUCGAUCCGGAGACCCAAGCCUGAAGUUUAUACUUGGCACCACUGGAAGCAGAUGCUGCUGCGUUACACGCCUGCUAUGUGUUUGCAACGCUGCACCUAUACCAUGUAUUCUCAGCCUAGCCAGUUACAAGGAGGAUUGUCACAGAGCAUGGCCUUAUGGAAUCACUCUCGCUCACAUGCAGUCAGUUAUCACACAAAAAUGGGUCUAGUUAGUCUUUCUCCUAAGAGCACAAAAUCAUCUCGUCUGCAAAAUGGGACAUGCUUUGCCUGCUUGGAGCAACAGUCUAAACGCGGAUUAUCACCAAGAGAUCGUAUCCUACAUGCUAAGCUUGAUAUGACCUCACAUCACAAGUUUUCUAGUAUUAGCUACAAACCGAGAACGACGACAAGUUUAGCACAAAAAAUAGGAGGUACAGGCGCUGGACUUUCCUUGAGUUUCGCAGUUUCUGGGAUAGCAAAUGCUGGCGGUCUGGUGGAUAAUGACAUUGAUUCCAAAUCAUCCUCUAGUUGUGCUCAUGGGAAGAAAGUUUACACCGAGUAUUCUGUCACCGGCAUUCCUGGGGAUGGUAGAUGCUUGUUCCGUUCUGUGGCUCAUGGUGAGUGCAUUAGGUCAGGGAAACCCAUACCUAAUGAGAAUCUUCAAAGAAAGCUCGCUGAUGAUUUAAGAACACUGGUUGCUGAUGAGUUUAUCAGGAGACGGACAGAGACUGAACGGUUUAUUGAGGGUGAUUUCGAUACAUAUGUCUCUCAGAUUCGGAAGCCACAUGUGUGGGGAGGAGAGCCAGAAUUGCUCAUGGCUUCUCACGUUCUUCAGAUGCCGAUCACUGUUUAUAUGCGCGAAGAAGCAGCAGGUGGUUUGAUAGCGAUCGCGGAGUAUGGCCAGGAGUACGGGAAAGAAGACCCGAUCCGAGUCCUCUAUCAUGGCUGUGGCCAUUAUGAAGCGCUGCAUAUACCAGGAAACGCUGAGCCCAGGUCAAGACUGUAACAUUUGGAGUUGGAGCUCAGAAACCAGAUAGUUGUAUGUCGCAGGGGUGGAGAUACAACGUGCCGUUGCUGGAGGGUUGAGGAUGCUGGACCUCGACUCACGCUGGGCUUGGCUUUAGUUUGUGUCGGUGUCUUAGGUGCAGGAGUCUUUGUUCCUUUUGAGUACUGGUUCCCGUGUGCCUCUGGUCACUGCUUCAUGUCUGCGUUCCGGAUUUAUGAUGUUUGUGUCAUCUUCACCUGGUUUGCUCCAGAGGGGAGAUGGCUGGUACUUGUAGUUUGGUAGUUUUUGUUUUUCUUUUGAACUGGUGCCUGUAGCUGGAUUAUGCUUUGGUUUCCCUUAAUGGAAAUCAGAAGGGGGAGCCAGUCUUUUGCUAAAAAAACUAUAUAAUAAUCGAAUACAAUAUAUUAUAUCUA